AUGAACGGAACCAGUGUCUCACCCAUAGCAGACUACAUAUUCGGUUUGACAGAGCUAGGAUCGAUUAUUAUGGGACUUGUGUUGAACCUCCUAACUAUCCCCUACUUCAACCGGAACAGCAAAGAACAGUUCUCCAGCAUGAUCUACCUCUUUAUUGUCAUCACGGAUAUUCUCAUCCUGGUGUCCUGCUUCCCCUCCGCUCUUACCAUGCUGAACCACAGACAAGCCCUCAUCCUGGACAACCGCUUCCUCUGUACUCUCACCGGCUUCGUCUUUAACAUCGGAGCCAGGAUGUCUGUUUUCCUGAUAGCAGUUUUGGGCUGUGCUCGGUGUUUAUCUCUAGUCUUCCCCUUCAAGAAAACUAGAUCUCGCCUGUACUUCAUCUCUAUAACCGUGUACUUUAUUUUUAAUGUUGUACUGGCUAGUCUGCCGCUAGUGUUCAGUUCAAAGGGCUACCACUAUUCCCCUUAUGUUGGACAGUGUGCCUGGGGGAUUAACGAACUUAGCUUUGUCAACUGUUUUGGCACAUCGUGUACUCUGUGGCUGUUUAUAACAUACGGAACUAUAAUCUUCCCAUGGCUUGUGCCGGGUGUUGUGGUGAUUCUCUCCUCUGCCAUAUCUAUUGUAACACUCAUCAGAUCCGAACGAGCUAGAAGAAAGAUGGCACCCCGGCGGGAAGGUGCACCUUUCACCCCACAACGGAACGCCAGUAUCAAGACCAAACAUGCCACCGUGACAAUCCUGAUCAUGACUCUGGUGUACAGUGUAUUCAACAUGCCUGGCUGGCUGCUUUACUCUUAUCUCCUUAUCAGUAAGUUCAACCCGAUCACCUGGCUCAGAGGAAACACUGCCCUGUAUCUCCAGAUAUUCGUGUGCAGACUCUCUGUAGCGAUGAACAGUGCUGCUAACCCUGUUGUUUACUUCUCACGAAUUGAAGCCCUCUCAAAACUAACUUUCCGUAAACAUUCUAUGUCUAUGAGUAUAGUUUCCCGAGCUUCCAACGCCCUAAAGCUAGUCCCUAGACCUGUCAGGUCUGAACAGAGUUAUUUCAGAUCUAGAUCGAUAUCGUAUCCAAAGUUCAGAGUUUCGUUGCCUGCCCGACAGGUUCCAGACAUUCUAACGAGUGAGGUGCGGGCUCAAACUGCUAGAGAGUUGACUUAUAUUGUCGAUUAA